CCUUUCUAUUUCACGAAAAAUAGAUUUUUAACGAUAGGAUGGGCUCUCAUCUGGAUUUCUUGUUGCGUACUCUUCCAACCUCGUGACCACGCAAUUUCCCAGUACCAGCACAGUAAUUUUAGGGACUGUAGUUUCAGGGACUGGCCACAUCGAGGGCAUAUACAGAUUCGAGAUAGUGCUGAUUGUGUAGAAGUGGGUUGUAGGAAUCAGAGGACAAUUUGAAGGAAUUAGGAGGUCGCUGUGGUCACGAAUUUGUUGACAGAAGGGGUGAGUUCGGAGGUGGAGGGACUGACAAGCGUACGGGCCGGAGGUGUGGGAGGCUCUGUGUACUAAUUGCCUGUGUGCCGGCCAUUUGCGCAAUUUUGAGGAGCUUGAAGGAUCUUGGUAGGUUCCUAAUCAGACAAGGCUGGUCGAGCGCGAGGCGAAUGCCGAUCGAGGCACACAUGAUGAAGGCGGCAGGCGGUUUGCACUUGGAAAUGGGAGCUCGAAACCUUGUUGUGGACAGAACUAGAAUUGGCAGGGGCUCUGCAUGUUUCACCCAUGUCGCAGCUCACUAUGCACCUCCUCGUAGCUUGUCCCUAGCAAGUCGGCACAGCGGUUGGUGCCAUGGAGACGCGCUUCGAGUUGGUGAAGUUUGCUGGAGCGAAUCCGUGCGCCGUCCCUGUGACGUCGCAAUUCGAAGUCAGAGCUUGGCGUCUCCUCCAACACAAACUACACAGAGAGUUUUCACAUUCGGGAAGGGCCGAGGUGAAGGGAACAUGGGUAUGAAGAAAUUGCUGGGUGGCAAGGGCGCAAAUCUUGCUGAAAUGUCAAGCAUAGGGCUCUCUGUGCCACCAGGCUUCACAAUCACCACCGAAACCUGUCGUGAGUACAACUUGAAUGGAAAUAAGCUACCGGACGGUCUGUGGGAGGAGGUGCUGGAGGGCUUGCGGGCUGUUGAAGAGGACAUAAGUGCCACUCUGGGAGAUCCUUCCAAACCCCUUCUCGUUUCCGUCCGCUCAGGGGCCGCUAUUUCAAUGCCUGGGAUGAUGGACACGGUGCUGAACUUGGGAUUGAACGACGAGGUGGUUGAUGGCCUUUCCGCUCGUAGUGGAGAACGAUUCGCUUAUGAUUCGUAUCGACGCUUCAUUGAUAUGUUUGGAGGCGUGGUGAUGGGUGUCUCCCACUCCCUUUUUGAGCACGAGCUGGAAAGCCUGAAAACUGCACGUGGAGUGCAUAAUGACACAGACCUAACGACCCAGGAUCUGAAGGAGCUUGUGCAGAAGUAUAAAAGCGUCUACCGCAACGCCAUUGGCAAAGAUUUUCCUACUGAUCCUGUUGAGCAGUUGCGACUAGCUGUUAUCGCUGUUUUUGAAUCAUGGAACAGCUCACGAGCUGUGAAGUACCGAAGCAUCAACCAGAUCACAGACCUCAACGGCACAGCUGUAAAUGUCCAAGCCAUGGUGUUCGGAAACAUGGGAGCUGACUCAGGUACAGGUGUUCUCUUCACUCGCAAUCCGAGCACCGGAGAGAAGAAACUAUACGGAGAAUAUCUCAUCAAUGCCCAGGGUGAGGAUGUAGUGGCAGGCAUUCGGACUCCCGAAGACAUUGACACGAUGAAACAAGUACUUCCAGAUGCCUACAAGGAGCUUUUUGAGAAUUGUGAUAUAUUGGAGGCUCACUACAAGGAGAUGAUGGAUAUUGAGUUUACAGUACAAGAGGGCAGGCUCUGGAUGCUGCAAUGUCGUACGGGGAAGCGCACAGGAGCCGGGGCUGUGAAAAUUGCCGUAGAUAUGGUAAAUGAAGGAUUGAUAGAUAAACCGACGGCUGUUAACAGAGUAGAACCUCAACAUCUGGACCAGCUCCUACAUCCGCAGUUUGAAAAUCCAGUACUCUACAAAAGUAAAGUAAUCGCCACGGGAUUACCUGCGUCUCCUGGAGCUGCUGUCGGCCAACUUGUCUUUUCUGCGGAGGAUGCAGAGGCUUGGCAUUUGCAGGGCAAAGUGGUUAUCCUGGUACGCAAUGAAACUAGCCCAGAAGAUGUGGGCGGUAUGCACGCUGCUGCUGGAAUCUUGACAGCACGUGGGGGGAUGACUUCUCACGCAGCCGUUGUUGCUCGAGGCUGGGGCAAGUGUUGCGUCUCUGGCUGCUCUGAAAUUCGUGUCGACGAGGCGAACAAGAAUGUACGCGUAAACGGCCAAACGUUGUACGAGGGCGAUUGGAUAUCACUAAAUGGAUCUACAGGAGAGGUCAUAAUGGGCAAGCAGCCACUGGCGCCUCCAGCAAUAAGUGGGAAUCUCGAAAUCUUUAUGAGUUGGGUUGAUGAAUUUCGAAGAUUGAAGGUGAUGGCAAACGCCGACACACCGGAGGAUGCUUUGGCUGCUCGGAAAAAUGGAGCGGAGGGAAUUGGGCUUUGCAGGACAGAGCACAUGUUUUUUGCCUCUGACGAGAGGAUCAAAGCAGUGCGGCAAAUGAUCAUGGCUUCAACCACUCCGCAACGUCAAGUGGCUCUUGAUAAGCUAUUACCCUAUCAGAGAUCUGAUUUUGAGGGCAUUUUUCGUGUGAUGGAUGGACUUCCCGUGACAAUCCGUUUGUUGGACCCUCCUCUACAUGAGUUUCUACCCGAGGGCAAUGUGGAAGAAAUCGUCGAACAGCUUGCAGAAGCGACCGGAGCAUCGGAGGACGACGUUUAUUCUCGAAUUGAGAAGCUUUCUGAAGUUAAUCCAAUGCUUGGCUUCCGCGGAUGUCGGUUGGGAAUAUCGUAUCCUGAGUUGUCACAGAUGCAAGCUAGAGCAAUAUUUCAGGCAGCCACAGCAAUGGCAAAUCAGGGCAUCAAGGUCAUACCAGAAAUCAUGGUUCCUCUUGUUGGAACGCCCCAGGAGCUGAAACAUCAGGUUGACUUGAUCCACGACGUGGCCAUGCAAGUCUUCGCCGAGACAGGAAUGACUGUAAAAUACAAAGUUGGAACCAUGAUUGAGAUUCCUAGAGCAGCUCUUGUGGCAGAUGAGAUUGCCGAACACGCCGACUUCUUUUCGUUUGGAACAAACGACUUGACACAGAUGACCUUCGGCUACAGCCGGGAUGAUGUAAGCAAGUUCCUUCCUUCGUAUAUAGCGAAGGGUAUUCUCCAGCAUGACCCGUUCGAGGUGCUGGAUCAACGGGGCGUUGGACAACUGAUCGUCAUAGCCAAGGACCGAGGUCGUCAAUCACGGCCAGACCUGAAGGUCGGAGUUUGUGGUGAGCAUGGAGGUGAACCGCUAUCUGUGGAGUUUUUCGCCAAGAUUGGGCUAGACUAUGUAUCCUGCUCUCCAUUCAGGGUGCCUAUAGCCAGGUUGGCAGCAGCACAAGCGGCGACAAAACUGUGAAUGUUGUGAGCGUGGUUGAAGGUCAAAGUGAAGGGAUGUUUGAGGCUAUCACAUCAAUCUAAGAAAUGUAAAAAUCUUGAAUGUUUUAUUUUAUAUCAAAAAAAUUAAAUAUGUAAAUUUUUAAAACUUAUUUGGCAAUCAAUUGUAAAUAUUUGUCAUUUCUAA